GCUGGAGUUGCAUGGAGCCCAUCAGAUUGGAGAAUGAAGAUCUCUGCAGUGCUAACAGCUCUCCUGACUAACCUCUUCUUAGGAAAUGUGUGCUCAGCUAUCAAUGUCACAGUCACACCGUCUCCGUUCAGUGUGGUGGCUGAGGGGGAAAACAUCACCCUGUCCUGUCAGGUGAGUCAGCGGCGGCGGGCAGCGAGUCUGCCUGUGGUGCGGUGGAUGUUUCAGCCGGAGUCAGGAGGAGAGGAGCUGCUGGUAGCGCGGGUGAACAUGCGGAGAGCCAAGUUCUACGGAAACUACACCAAGAGCUUCUGCAAGCCCAAAAUUAAACUGACAGUGGUGAAACAGGGCAAGAUAUACAACCUCCUCAUCAUGAACAUCAGCAGACAGGACAGGGGUCUUUACAGCUGCAGGGUCCAGGAGUUCAAGAAGCAUCAUGAACGAUGGAAAGCUUCGACUAACAGCUCGGCCUCCACGCAGCUCAGAGUCCAUGUUCUCCCAGCCAGCAAACCAAAGGAGGAACUGUGGAGUCUGUUUGAAGAAAACUAUCAUUUGGUCAAGAGUCCACAGAACAGUUCAGGCGAGACGGUCACUAGUGUCAUCAGUCUCUCUCCAGCUCUACCCAAGAAGGUGAGAAAGUACAAGAAAAAUAAAAGUGUGGAGCAGCCAGACCUGCCACCAGAGAUACCGGCUAAAGCCCCUAUUGCAGACAAAAUGCGAAAGCCGAAGCUUUUAAAACCUCAACCCAGAAAAGUGGUUUUGCCCAAAAUUGCAGAGGAGAGUCUGACAUACGCUGAGCUUGAACUGAUGAAGCCACUGCCUGAAGCCAAAACUGCAAAGACAGGAACGGUGUACGCUCAGAUACUCUUUGAGGACAAGCCGGUGUAG